GUUUUCGGUCCUUGUAAUUCCAUCAGCGAUUAUCGCUAUUAUCCCAAUAAACCAAGGAAUGGAAGCUGAGGGGUUUGCUGGUCCGCAGGUAGUCCAGCCUUUGACGCCUGAAGCGCUGGCAACAUUCAAUGCUGCGCAAGCUCGCACUGGCGUAAUCUACAUCUCACGAAUACCUCCUGGUAUGCGUCCUGCCAAAGUACGACAUUUAAUGAGUGCCCAUGGUGAAGUGGGGAGGGUGUAUCUUCAACAAGAAGACGCCAAGCGUGCAUACCUCCGCCGAAAGUAUACGUCCACCAAAAAGCCGCAUUUCACUGAAGGCUGGGUGGAGUUUAAAGAUAAAAAGGUCGCGAGAUCUGUGGCAGAGAUGCUAAACGCACAGCCGAUCGGCGGCAAGAAGGGCACCCGUUGGCGAGAUGACGUUUGGACUAUGAAGUAUCUCCCCAAAUUCAAAUGGAACAUGUUGACUGAGCAAAUAGCUCAUGAAGCUGCCAUUCAUACCGCUAAACUGCGCGUCGAGCUUGCGCAGUCGAAGACGGAACAACGCGAUUACCUCAAAAAUGUAGAACUCGCACGAGUAUUAGACAAGCGUAACGAGAAAAGACAGGAAAAAGGUUUAGGGCCAGUUGAGCUGAAGCGCCCAGCUGAGGGUAGUAAAAGUAAAGAAGAGCAGCCUCGAAAAAGAUUGAAACACACGGGCGAUACCCAGCUUGAUAGUGUACUUGGUAGUAUAUUUUAGUUCAGGAGUUUCAAGCAUCAUUAAUGUUCAAUGUGUCUAAUUAGUGCACGGGCCAGCCGGCG